AUGAUGCUGAGCCCAAAGAUUCAGCGGUCGGUGCGUGUGAACGAUGGUCAGCUGUUAGCCCUUUCUGAUAGGGCGCAGUAUGACCACUCACAGACUGGCUAUCUCCACAAACGGAGUUCCGACAACACAAAAUGGCAGCUACGAUGGUUUAUACUUUAUCAAAAUAUGUUGUUCUACUACGAGUCGGAGAACAACACGCGACCAACCGGCGUGCUGAUGCUGGAGGGGUCCUACUGCGAGCGACUAAGCAAGGCGCCCAUGGAAAGGAAUGCUUCUUUCUGCUUCGUGAUAUCAUAUCGUCGUGAGAGUCAGCGGCAGUAUGAGCUGCGCGCUGCUUCCGAAGUCGACUGCGUGCACUGGGUCGACGCCAUACGGGAAGCCAGAAGGUGCACUCAUGUUGUUUUUGAAGAAUUUGACUGUUUUGUUGUGUCUCCGGAGCUACUGGUUCGGGUUCAUGGUUACAGGCUAAAAAAGUUAUUAAGCAGAGCAGAGCGCGAAUUGCUUAUCGUAAAAAGGUCCUAUGUGUGCGAGAGCCAUGCUUUUUUAUGGCAUAGGUCGGCAAACGAGCAAACGGAUUACCUGAUGGCCAGCAACGCACUGGUAACUCCUUUCGUGUUGCGGGUGUCCAUGGGCGGCGCUGAAUGCUUACCGUUAGGGACACCGGGACCUCUUGAUAGACCAACUCUAGAGCCCCUUUGGUGCGCCUUGCGCGCCGUAACGCUUGUUACGGCACAUCUCCAUCGAGAGGUACGUGACCUCUUUAACCGUCAUUGUGCACGGCGGCACGUGACCACUGUGCCACCGUCUUCCCUGAAGUCACUGGGGGCGCCUAGAUUCCUCAGUGCGCCCGUGACCUCGGUCUACCAGUACCUACUUCUAUCAGUAGACAAGCACCACAUGCGUAUUGUGAUUGUGAAUUGUGAGCGAGUAAAAGCAGAAACGGGACGCAUACACUCCCGCUUGUCACAUUUAUCGAACCGUGUUAAACUCAUCAUACCUUCGGAAACCAGUGAUAUUGAGAGACAUUUGACAUUGCUUAAGAACAUCCAGGAUGCCAUGACGUCACUACAGGAUCUUCAACAGGAAGAGAAUGAGGAAGAUGAUGCUAUUUCCGAACAUGACAAAGAUGUCUUACAAAAAUCAUUGGGUGAUGAGGCCAUACAGAUAAAGGAGCAAUUAGAAAAGUGCCGAAAUACUGUAAAGAGUGCCCCAAAACGUGACACGGAGAUAUACCGAAAUCGUGCCACGAAACCUGAUGUUGACGAUACGGAUGAACCGCGAACAACCGCAGAGAAACCUAAUUUUUGUUCACGUCAUCCAGUGCGUAUUGUGAUUGUGAAUUGUGAGCGAGUAAAAGCAGAAACGGGUUUCAACAAACUGCUACUGCAAAAGGAGGAGUUGGAACAGAAGCAGCUGCAUCUCCUGCAAGUGGUGGAGAGUGAGAGGACUUCGAGGUGGCAGUACGCGCAGCAGUGUGACGAACUUGCUAGCGAGGUCAAGAAACUUAGGACUGAGUUAUGCACAUACAAGAAGGAACAUGAGCCGGCUACCCGUGCAGCCUCCACCUCCAGCUCUUCGCCCAGCCAUUCGCCAGAAAUAGACCCAGCCGAACUAAGAAAGAUCAAGAAAGUCCAGAGCUUCUUCCGGGGAUGGCUAUGCCGUCGUCGCUGGAAGCAGAUAGUCGACGAGUACAUCAAGAGCCCCCACGCUGAAAGCAUGCGCAAGAGGAACAGCCUCGUCUUCAAAAUGGUGGAGGCUGAAGAGGAGUAUCUCGAACAAAUGGAGAUAUUGGUGACCUGUUUUCUCCGGCCCUUCAAAAUGGCGGCCAGCUCGAAGAAGCCGCCCUGCACCCACGAGGAUGUGAACUCCAUCUUCUUGAACAGUGAGACGGUGCUGUUCCUUCAUCAGAUAUUCUUCAAGGGUCUCACCUCGAGGAUGGAGUCCUGGCCCACAUUGGUCUUAGGAGACCUAUUCGACAUGCUCCUCCCGAUGCUGACCAUCUACCAGGAGUACGUGAGGAACCACCACUACUCCCUACAAGUCCUGACUGAGUGCAAGCAGAGUCAGCCGUUUGCACAACUCCUGGCGAGGCUGGAGAGCAAGCCUGCGUGCCAGAGCCGAUCGCUGGAGACGUUCUUGACCUAUCCGAUGCAUCAGAUCCCGCGCUACAUAAUCACGCUGCACGAGCUGCUGGCGCACACGCCGCACGACCACGUGGAGCGCCGCAGCCUGCAACAUGCGCGCGCGCAGCUCGAAGAGCUUUCCCGCCAGAUGCAUGAUGAGGUUAGUGAAACAGAAAAUCUUCGAAAGAACCUGGCAGUGGAGCGCAUGAUCAUCGAAGGCUGUGACAUUCUUCUCGAUGUCAAUCAGGUCUUCAUACGCCAAGGAACUUUAUCCCAAGUAGUGGGUAAGGGUCGCCGUGCGACCUUGCAAGCCAGGCAAGCAUUCCUGUUCAGCAACCACCUGUUGCUGACGACGCGGGCUGCUGGCGGCAGGCUGCAUCUACCUCCAGCCGGACGACUGCCGCUGCAUGAUGCACUGCUCAUUGAGGAUCCGGCUAAUCAUGAUGAUGACGAUACCACAUCUGUCUGCUCAUCGCCUGGUGGUGACAUCUACCAAGGCAAGGACUUCAAGAUUCUUGUCGAAGUAAAAGGAGAACAAAUCUGUGCUCAUUUAGUCGCCGGCAGCGUGGAAGAGAAAGCUGGCUGGACGAGCGAGCUAGCGCAGUGCAUGGAGAGUGCAGCUCUUACAGAACUACUCCGAGCUUGUGGAGCCUGUGGGGCUGCCUCAGCCAGUCUACCAGCCUGCCGGUCAGACCGCGCACUGUUCACUGAUGACGUGGAUAUACGGUUCAGCAGGACUCUUAACUCCUGCAAAGUGCCUCAGAUCAGAUCAGCUACGCCACAACGGUUGCUGCAGAGGCUAACAGACCUUCGCUUCCUGUCCGUGGACUUCCUAAACACGUUCCUGCUGACAUAUCGGGUCUUCACUGAUGGCGUGACCGUGCUGGAAGCUCUGAAGCAGGUCUUCUAUGAGCAGUCGCAGCAGGAGAUGGAACUGGCUCCACCGCCUGACGCCACAAGGAAGACCAGUGCAGCAAGUUCUGUUUCUGGGUACGGGUCGGAGUACAGCGAUCGAGACUGGCAGUCCAGAUUCUGGCGAGCGUCGAGGAAAAGUGAAGAUGAAGAUAAAUUGUCACCUUAUUUGACGGCUCCAUCGCGACGAACUUCGACGGCUAGUAAGACUGAGGAGGAUAACAGUCACUUGACGAUACCAAAGAUAAUGGCCACGUCCUCAAGUAACGAGACAUUGAAAGGUACAUCACCAUCUUCACCUGGUGCUAUCAGCUCAGUCACUUUAGUAGGGAGUCCAAAGAAGUCCAGUCCUGUACAUGAAUCCACUCCUAAAAAGAAACCAGCUCCUAAAGACAACGAUGCAGCUGCAGCGCUUAUGAAAGAUGAAAGCAUAGAAAUGGUAGACCAGAGCGACGAAGAUGUGAAAUACAAAGAGGAAGAACAAGAAAAAAAUAAGAAGAAGCCUGAUGAUAAGUUCAAAAUAUCGCAAAGAUUCUCAGAGCGUGUGCGUACAAUGUCGGAGUCCCCUCGUCGUCUGCAGCCAUCGUCAGCAGCUUCCGAAGCUAGGCGCAGGUCCGACAGUGCCAGGGAGACUGCUGAGGCAGCCACUGCGGAGGAACCGAGGAGAGCUUCUGAUUCUGGCACUAGAUUCGCUGCUAGAAGAUCUGUAAGCGAACGCCGGUACACCAACUCAUCGAUCAACAGUGAGCGCCGCAGGUAUUGGGGCGGUUCCGAGCCACGGUCCUCCGUCACUUCUCAAGUAUCACAUGCCCAGAACUACCGACGUGAGACCAGCCAACCAAAAGCGGGUGUCGUGAUCACGUCGUUCAGACAAUCGCAUCGAAGGAGUAGCACGUCUACUGCAGCGGUGGCUUUUGCUGUGGCUACAUCAGCCUCUUCUAAUCCAAGAUCUCCACCACCUAAUUCGCCACCAGCUACUCGAAGGGACUCAGUUAUAUCUACUGCUGCAACUAUGAGAGUACUCAACGUUUUGAGGCACUGGAUUUCAAAACAUUCUCACGACUUUUGGUCCGAUGAGCGUCUUCGGGGUCUUACAAUGGACUUUCUGAAAGAGAUUGAAGGUAGUCCUGGGUUAUUACCGGCUGAGCAUAAGGCUGCAGCUCAACUUCUGCGUUUGUUGGAAAGGGCUCCAGAAAGAACGGUGGAUUUAAAGGCGUUGUUUGUUCCACCUCAUGUGCCAACAAAAGAGAGCGUAGAAACGUUAUCAGCGCUGGAAAUAGCAGAGCAAAUGACAUAUUUGGACUACCAAAUCUUCAGUUCAAUCAACAGCGAAGAGUUCUUAGGGCAGGCUUGGACGAAGGCAGACAAAGCUGAGAGGGCACCUCACAUCCUAAUGAUGACAUCACAUUUCAAUCAUAUCUCCAAUUUGGUCAUCUCAGAAAUUCUAAAGAAAUAUACAUUGGCCGGUCGUGUAGCAGCCAUUGAAAAAUGGGCUGCGGUAGCAGACAUAGCUCGUUGUCUGCACAACUUUAAUGGAGUACUGCAAGUAUGCGCAGCUCUGUCCAACACAUCCGUGUACAGACUUAAGAAGACUUGGGAAAAGGUUUCCAAGACCAGUAAACAAACUAUAGAGCGCAUGCAGACCAUUAUAUCUUCAGAAUGCCGAUUCAGGAUUUUACGGGACGCUUUGCACAGGUGUGAUCCCCCAUGCAUUCCCUACUUGGGGAUGUAUCUCUCAGACCUGUCGUUCAUCGAAGAAGGAACUACAAACUAUACACCUGAUGGUCUACUGAACUUCUCUAAGAUGCGAAUGAUAGCACACGUCAUUCGGGAAAUACGAAACUUUCAACAAACCCCUUACAAGAUUGAUCACAUACCAAAAGUAUGUGAUUUUCUACUGGACAACUCGCUGGUAAUUCCUGAGGAGAGGCAGUACACACUGAGCUUAGAGCUGGAGCCGCGUGUGUCGCGAGGAUCAGGAGCUGGUUUACCGGCGGGAGCCUCUCCGGGCUCCUAG